UGGAGAAUGAUGUGCUGCAGGACGGCUGGGGAAUCUGAGCCCUGGGACUAGGAGCAAUAAGUGAUGAACAGAAACUGCACUUUGCCCCCUCGAUCUUGGCAUGGUCCACCCUGUGUUUACACCAGCUCCUCUGCCCCAGCCCAUUCCUGCUGCUCCAAGGCUGUCCCUGCAGCGUCUGCUUGCCCCUUGGAAUGCCCUUUCCUGACCUUUCUCGGGCCUUUCCAGGGACUCUCUUAAACCUUCCAGUUCUCAUUGCUGCUGCUGCUUCCUCGGGGGUAGGGGAGACCUGCAGGCUCCCUUCUCUGAAACCGCACCCUACUCUUCUGCAGCCUCCCCGCAAUUUGCCCCAUCUUCCUUCCCUCCUGAUCGUAAGGGUGCCGCUAUCCGUUCCAGCCUGCUUCUCUGGUCCUGUCUCUCCACGCAGACCCCUCUCCAUUUCCCCCAACACCCUGUCUCUGCCAGGACCCCCGAUGACCGUUGGCGGGAGGGGCUGGGGACUUACGAAGGGGGCGCCCCGCAAGGAGGCGCGCGUGGGAAGGGAUAGGGAGGGGGCCCAAGUGGUCCCCGGGCGGGUUGCCUGGGUAACGCGUGGCUCCCUUGGGCUGGCCGGGAGGGGCCAGAGGCUUGCGAGGGGCGGGGGCGGCGCGCGGCGGUGGAGCGUAGGGGAGGGGACCGAAGAGGAGAGGUUGAGCAAACCAGAGGGGAGAGGAAGGGAGACCCGCCGCCGCAUCCCUCCCUCCCUCGCUCGCUCGCUGACUUGCUCCCUCCCGGGCUGCGGCUGCGGCUGCGGCAGCGGCAACGGAGAGGUCCGGAGGCCAGCGUCGAGGGUUUGUUGCUGUGUCUGCUAUUCCAUACCCCCACCCCACCCCCAAAGGCCUUCACCCUUAUCCCCUCUCAAGAUGGCAGCCAGCAGCUCUGAGGUCUCUGAGAUGAAGAGAGUUGAGAAGAGUCCUGAGACCCAGAGAGAAGGGCCUGGCCAUUCUGAAACUGAAACUGGCCCUCUCCAAGUCCUAGCAGGGGACCCAAACCAGCCAGAGAUCCUGGAGCCAGGCUCAGACACCACUGGGUCCUCUGUGGACUCCAGGCCUAAGGCUGGGCUGGUUCCAGAAACCACAGAGACCCCUGCUGGGGCCCCAGAAACAACCCAGGUCACAGACCUCAGCUUAAGCCCAGGAGGGGAAUCAAAGGCCAACUGCAUCCCAGAAGAAGCAUGCCAAGAGCCAGUAUCCAAGCCAGAAGUGAGCAAGUCUGCCACUGCAGACCAGGGGUCCAAGUUGGAGGCUGCAGCCCCACCUGAACCAGCCUCAGAACCUGCUCCCCAGCCAGACUCCCAGCCUGAGCCCCAGCCAGGUUCCCAGCCCACCCCCAAGCAAGAUCCCCAGCCAAAGCCCCCUACCCAAGAGGACCCUAUCCCUGAGGUCCUGACAGAGAGUAUAGGGGAAAAGCAAGAAAAUGGGGCAGUGGUACCCCUGCAGGCUGGUGACAGUGAAGAGGGCCCAGUUCCUCAACCUCACUUGCCACCCUCAACAAAAUCCCCCCCAGCCAAUGGGGCUCCUCCUCGAGUGUUACAGCAGCUGGUUGAGGAGGAUCGAAUAGGAAGGGUUCAUAGUGGGCAUCCAGGAUCUCCCCGAGGUAGUUUGAGCCGCCACCCCAGCUCCCAGCUGGCAGGGCCUGGGGUGGAGGGGGGUGAAAGCACCCAGAAACCUCGGGACUACAUCAUCCUUGCCAUCCUAUCCUGCUUCUGCCCCAUGUGGCCUGUCAACAUCGUGGCCUUCGCUUAUGCUGUCAUGUCGCGGAACAGCCUGCAGCAGGGAGAUGUGGAUGGGGCCCAGCGUCUGGGUCGAGUGGCCAAGCUCUUAAGCAUCGUGGCACUGGUGGGGGGGGUCCUCAUCAUCAUUGCCUCCUGCGUCAUCAACUUAGGCGUGUAUAAGUGAGGGGCUCUACCCUGCAUUCCAAGACUUCCCUUCCUGUUGGGAGCUGCCUUGGGCCCAUCCCUCCCCUGGGGGGAGCCCAAUCAAUGGCUCUGGCCCCCACCCCUAGGGACCAAGAGAGCCUGAGCAGCCUUGUUUACAGCUUCUUUCCUGCUCCUGCAUCCUGCCAGGCUCCUCUGCCAACUGUAGGCCUCCCUUCUCCCUGCACUGGUUCCUGCCUCCCUGCACUUCUGUCUGCAUCCCCUGUAGCCUCUUGGCCCCCCCAUCCCUGCACUUCUGGAAACCUCCCUGCACAUCUCCCAAACUCUCUGCACUCUUAGCCUCCCUGCAUCUCUCCCAGCCGCUCCCUGCAUUUCUUCCAGCCUCCUGAAUUCUCUGAACUUCAACCCUGGCCUCCUCUCAACUUUCAUUGUUUUGGCACCUCCUCCAUUCCUUUCUUUCUUUAUCAUCUCCCCUUCCCUCUCUACAUGCCUUGCCCCCUUCUUCCUCCUGCUUUAUCUCCCCUUAGCAUCCUCUUCUCCAACCUCCAGCCAUCAUUUAUUCUGCAGAAAUUCCAGCACACUUAGAUCAGUCUGGGGUAGAGGGAGCAGUCUUAGAGAGGGCUUCUUAGCCCGGGCUCCUACUGUUCUCUGUGGGACCUCCCAGGCCAGGAUGCCCCCAGGGUGCCUUGCGGGUAGCAGAGCUGGCAAGCCAGGAUUUGUUUGGGGACUUGUGCAAAGGUGGCAAGUACUGGUUCCACGCGCGCACAUGGGAGAAGCGGGGGCGCGCUGUUGCCUAGUCGGCCUGAGUUGACCCCACCCUCACCUGGGCUUUUUAACCCUGGUCAGUGAGUUUCUUUCUUGAAGUAUUGAGGCUUGGGUCAUUCAUAUGCUUUGUAACGAAAGAAUCCCCCAAAAAUAGGACCAAAGUUUCCAGCUGCAGGGAACGAGGGAGGGGCGGGGAGCUCUAUUUUCUAAGAUGACAGGGGAAGUCUGUUGCAUGCGACGGCCGGCUGAGGAGGCGGAGACCCGGCUACAACUAGGUUCGGAGUUGGCGGGUUUUUGUUUUUUCUUUGUUUUUUUUUCUUAAAAAAAAAUACUGGGGAAACAA